GCGCGUGCCCCGGCUCAGUAGCGUUGGGCUGGCGCACGCGGCGAAUCUAAGUCUUGCGCCGCUUGCAGGCGCUUCUGGGCCACCAAUUUCUUUUCCUUCCACCCUGGCGCCCCCCAGUCCUGGCUCUCCGACCUCGCUGCCCCGGGCACCCACGCCCUGCGGGCUCAGCGGGCUCAAUCUGCGCAGCUCCUCCUCCAUGUUGACCAAACCUGUGCAGGGGCUCCCCGCGACCCCCACGCUACCGCCAGGAGGCAAGGAUCGGGAAGCGUUCGAGGCUGAGUACCGACUCGGCCCUGUCCUGGGUAAGGGGGGCUUUGGCACCGUCUUCGCAGGACACCGCGUUACGGACCGGCUCCAGGUGGCCAUCAAAGUGAUUCCCCGGAACCGUGUGCUGGGCUGGUCCCCCCUGUCGGACUCAGCCACAUGCCCACUGGAAGUCGCAUUGCUGUGGAAGGUGGGUGCAGGUGGUGGACACCCUGGUGUGAUCCGCCUGCUUGACUGGUUUGAGACACCAGAGGGCUUCAUGCUGGUCCUUGAGAGGCCUUUGCCGGCCCAAGAUCUCUUUGACUACAUCACAGAACAGGGUCCUUUGGGUGAAGACCGAAGCCGCUGCCUCUUUGGCCAAGUAGUGGCAGCUGUUCGGCACUGCCAUGCUCGUGGAGUUGUCCAUCGUGACAUCAAGGAUGAGAAUAUUCUUAUGGACCUCCGCCGGGGCUGUGCCAAACUCAUUGAUUUUGGUUCUGGUGCCCUGCUUCAUGAUGAACCCUAUACUGACUUUGAUGGGACAAGGGUGUACAGCCCCCCAGAGUGGAUCUCCCGUCACCAGUACCAUGCACUCCCGGCCACUGUUUGGUCACUGGGUAUCCUCCUCUAUGACAUGGUUUGUGGGGACAUUCCCUUCGAGAAGGACCAGGAGAUCCUUGAGGCUGAGCUCCACUUCCCGGCCCAUGUCUCCCCAGACUGCUGUGCCCUAAUCCGUCGGUGCCUGACUCCCAAGCCCUCAGGCCGACCCUCACUGGAGGAGAUCCUGUUGGACCCCUGGAUGCAGGCACCAGCUGAUGAUGCUGCCCUCAAGGCCUCCAAAGGGGGUUCCACCUCUUUAGCCUGGUCCUUGCUGCCCUAGUCCUGGCCAGGCCCCCAGUAGUUGGAAUAGCCAUCCCAGCUCAUGCCACAGGGAUAGAUGGACAUCUGUUGACCUGGUUUUACAGGUCAUUACAAAUCCAGUGUUAUUAGGGUCAGAUUGGGGAUCAGGGGUCAGAAGACAUAAGCCAAGUCUGCCCAGUCCCUAUCCCAAUCCUUUUAGGGAACCUUCCUCCCAGAACGUGUGGUCUCUUAUUCUGGAGGGGGGUGGAAUUUCCUUACUUAUUUUGCUAGGGAUGUUUAUUUUGUUGAAGUUAUUUUCUAUUCUGAGCCCCAAGACUUGUUCUGUUAAGUUGUAGUCCCCUAGAUUUGCACCUCCUGCUACCACCACACAGAUUUAGUUCAAAUGCUCUGACUUGGGCAAGGGUGCUUUCCUUUUAAUAUCCCAGCAGCUUUUUUUUUUUUUUUAGUAUAAAGCAAAGGGACCCUUUAUCUUAGUUUAAGGACACAUUCAGUCAAGCUGCUCACCUACCUCAACCCAGAAUGGUUUAUUCUGGGAGAGGUAAUGCCCUAUUGUUAACCCAGGGCUUUUUUUUUUUUUUUUUUUUUUUGGUUAGGGGAGCGUAGUCUGUUAUCCCAAGUGCUCUUAUUCUGGUGAGGAGAACCCUGCUUCCAUGGUUAGGGAAGGAAUGGGAGAUGGACACCGCCAGAGUCCACUAGGAUGGGGUGGAUCGUUUUUUGGAGGGAUGGGGUGGGGAAAUAAGUUUUAUUGUUUGUUCUGGGCCCUCCCCCCUCCACCUUUUUUCAGAUUCUUGCUGCCUCCUUCUGAGCCAGGAUUGUCCAGUUGCUGAAAUGUAAAUACUUAUGUAUUGGGGAUGGGAGCUCCAACUGUCCUCUCCCUUCUCCCCCUGCCUGGAUUAUUUAAAGCCAUGUGUGGAAACUCACUAUUUAAUAAAUGUAAUAG